AUGCUCGAUGUCAAAUCAUCUAAUCACCUAGCCGCAUUAAGCAAGAUUUCUGAAAAUCAACUAAAUCACCUUAAAAGUAAGGUAGAGAAGUUAUUUUCCUUUGAAGCAACAUCUCCAGAAGUAUCUGAUAUUGAAAAAUUACCGAUAGCUAUUCUGUAUGGAGAGGAACGUAUUUCUGAAUUAUCUAGGAAGAAAUUACUGGGAAUUCAUAUUCGCAAUCUCGCAGAUGAAAAAGAAAUCAUAACAAAUAACGCUACGAUAAAACCAUAUCUAAAUUAUUUGCCAUUUGUAAAUGUUAGUAAUUCUUUAGUUAAAUUAAAUUCCGAUUUUCAAGAAUUAACUAGUUUAGCAAAACAAUAUAAUGCUAAAGAAUUUAUCGACAAUGCCAAAAAACUUAACCCAAUUAUAGUCGAUGUUAGCAAAACUACGGAAGAAGUGGCCUUUGAUUCGCAUAAUCCAUCGACUUCAGAAUCUCGUGCAAUAAACGUUGAACUCUUAGGCGGAAGCGGCUUAACUUAUCGUAGUGGUUACAAGUGUACCGCUGCUUUCUGGGUGAAUUUUGGAGGCUUGAAAUACUUAGUGACCGCCGGGAAUUGUGGAAUAAAUGGCCCUACGAGUAGACACAGGGUUAUUGAUUUUUAUUAUUCUCCAUUUUGGGAACACGAUAGUAUCUUGCCUGAAAAUCUUAUCGGACCAAUGAUGUCAAUGGAACUGAUAGAGGAUUCAUCUUGA